UCGGGUGGCUAGCAAGCGAUGAUGCGCAUUGAAAACUGAAGGGAGUCAAACAUGGCGGCUACCAGAAAGCUCUUGUGGAUUGGUUGAUCUGUAACCAGUGAGAGACGGAGAUGCUGAGUUCGAAGAUCACUUCGUCGGUAUGCAUCUUCAGAAGGUUCCACGUGGCCGUCAUGCAGAGGAGAAACCUUCACUUCUUCUUCGUUGCUGGGGAGCCUUCAGGUGACGUCCUCGGCGCUUCUCUGAUCCGAUCGCUCCGAUCAAAGCAUCCCGCUCCUCUGAAAGUGACUGGCAUCGGUGGGCCCAACAUGGAGAGGGAGGGGCUCGUGAAGACGGCGGACAUGGAUCAACUAGCGGUCAUGGGGUUCUUAGAAGUUCUUCCGCACGUUCCCCGUCUCUACUCCCUCCUGCGAAGAACCAUCAAGUGCAUUCGCGAGUCCGAGCCAGACUUCGUCGUGACGGUGGACAGCAAAGGUUUCAACUUCCGGCUCAUCAAGGCACUUAGGAGAGAACCGAGAGGGAGCAAGACCAAGAUCGUGCACUAUGUUGCGCCUUCCAUGUGGGCAAUCAAGGGAGAGCAGAGAGAGAAGAAGAUGUUCUUGAGCAGGAACCUCGACCUUCUCCUCGUCCUCUUCCCCUUCGAACAGCAGUACUUCUCCUCCUUCCUUCGGACGGUCUGUACAGGUCCCCCAGUCUUUGAGCUCGCUGCGAUCAGACGGAGAGCAAUGCAGGCGCCAGUGGAGAGCACCAGCUCCAGUCUCCCUCCCAGCAAGCAGCAAAUCUCAGACCCCGUCCUCCUCCUCCUUCCUGGAAGUCGCGUUCAGGAGGUGCGUCAACACUUGCCGAUCCUCCUGGAGGUCGUCCGAUCGAUGGGCAGCAAGCAUUGCCUUCAGUUUCGAAUCCUCACGAUCCUUUCAAUGAAAGAGCUGGUGGACAAUCUCGUAGAAUCGAGAGGCUUGAAGGAAUCAAUCCAAGUGAUUACACUCCUGGACGUCGAGAAGAGGAUCGAGCACAUGCGUGGUUGUUCAGCAGCAGUUGCUGUUUCCGGAACUGUCACUCUUGAACUUGCAGCUGCAGAUGUGCCGAGUGUUGUCAUUUAUCGCUCCAACAUGUUUACACAAUUUCUGGCGAAGCGACUGGCUGCAGUUGAAUUCAUCUCCCUACCGAAUCUUCUGCUUGGUGUGACGUAUGAAAAUAUCUUGUGCUGCCGCAUGAAAAGGGAUGGUCAGGUGUUCUCGCAGGCUACAGCAGAGUCAUGA